AUGAAAUACGAAAAGCAACAGGACAGGAAAUUUCGUAACCGGCGGCAGCUCUCGGAGGCAGAAGCGCUAAAAGAAUUACCUUACGAGUGCAGCGCCAGCAAACGUAAAGCAGCCUUUGGCAUAAAGACCCGUGGGUCACUAUGGGUCAAUGGCGUGCACCUCGGAGUGCGUUGGUUGAAGGGACGGUACCGGCAGUGUGACCAUAUUAGUUUGGGUGAACUACCGAUUUCCAGCAGUUGCACUAAGACAGCGUGCAAAGUUCGGGAGCCGGACACCACCCCACCUACUGUCCGCGGCCUGAUGAUCCCGAGCCGCAGGCCAACCACACAGGUCACAAACGAGGCGACUGCAGCGACAGCAGCACUGGCCGCCGCCUCUGAACCCGAUGCCCCGCUGCCGCCGUUGGGGCCCCCUGGAGUCCUGGUGGCAUAUUACGCGGACCAUUGGCGGGUGCCCCUCCCCCCCGGCCACCGUUUCCCCAUGGAAAAGUACGCAGCGACCCACGGGUCUCUCAAGGCGGAUCACUCCCUGGAGGGCCUUAUACAGCUGAGGGCCGCUCCGGCCGUGUCCAUGGAGGAUGUGACGCUGGCGCAUGACGUGGCGUAUGUGGAACGGUUCAGGUACAACCGAAUGACGGAUCCGGAGAUGCGCAACGUGGGGUUCCCCUGGAGUGAACAACUGGUGGGUCGUACAUUCGCCUCUUGCGGAGGUACGGUGGCGGCUAUGCAUGUGGUGAUGCAGCAGGGAGGGAGUAUCAUCGCGGGCAACAUAGCGGGCGGCACACACCACGCCUUUCGGGACCGGGUUGAGUCUUUGUUUCUUUGCAUCCUCACUCUGGACUCCAUAUUAGUUGUGGAUCUGGAUGUACAUCAGGGUAACGGCACAGCUGACAUUUUCCAAGAUGACCCACGGGUCACCACCUUUGACAUAUUUGGCGACAAGAACUACCCCUGGAAAACCCGCCGGAAAAACACGUACGACAUACCCCUGCUUGACGACACGGGGGACGAGCAGUACGUGGCGCUGUUGCGGUCGUGGCUCCCCAAGCUCAUGCGGGAGCACCGGCCCCAGCUCAUCAUGUUCCAGGCAGGGGUGGAUGCGCUCAGAGGAGACAGCUUCGGCCGGCUGGGCAUGACCCGGUCGGGUCUGCUAGCUAGGAACAACCUCGUGUACGGCACUGCGUUGGAGGCGGGAGUACCUCUGGUGAUCACGAUGGGCGGCGGCUACACGCGGCCCAUGGACGCCUCGGUGCACGUGCUGGUGCACUCGCCGCUCGGUGGGGGAGUGUUCUGGGAGGCCCUUCUACGGCGUCCUCCUCACUGUUGGGGUUGUUGGGCCACCAGAGGCGCAGAGGGGAUGGAUGGUGAUGGGACGGUGAUAGGCCUUGGUACUACAGCGAAACUUGUCAUUGGUAACCCGCAUCUGCGAGUCCUAGGCAAGACCGGCGUUCACCAUCUGCAAAUGAUAGGCAAGGCCGAGUUAUCGUUCUGCGUAUACAGAGAUUUGCUUGUUUAUUAA